AUGGUGCUCGAUUUAGACUUGUUCCGUGCCGACAAAGACGGUGAUCCAAACAAAAUCCGAGAAAACCAGAAGAAGAGGUUCAAAGAUGUUGGUCUCGUUGACACAGUUGUGGAACAAGACACACUUUGGAGAAGGUUGCGCCACGAUGCUGACAAUUUGAAUAAGCUGAAGAAUGUUUGCAGCAAAGAGAUAGGCCUGAAGAUGAAGAGCAAGGAGCCCGUCGGGGCUGAGGACGAGCCGGUGCCGGCCGAAGUGUCUGAUAACCUAAUAAACUUGACUGGAGACAAUCUCAAGCCACUCACUGUGAAUCAAAUUAAAAAGGUCCGUGUUCUCAUAGACGAGGCUAUAGCAAAGAAUGAACAAGGUCUAUUAGCAGCAGAAAAGACUCGUUCAGCUGCCCUUAGAGAGGUGGGAAACCACCUACAUGAGUCGGUACCAGUGGAUGAUGAUGAAGACCACAAUGCUGUAGAGAGGAUGCAUGGUGACUGCAGCUUUAGGACUAAAUAUUCACAUGUGGAUCUUAUUUGUAUGAUUGAUGGUAUGGAUGGCGAAAGAGGCGCAGCAGUGGCAGGCGGCCGUGGUUAUUACCUAAAAGGGCCUGCUGUGUUCUUAGAACAAGCUCUAGUUCAACUGUCUUUAAGGAUAUUAUUGCAGAAAGGAUACACGCCACUCUACACUCCUUUCUUCAUGCGUAAAGAGGUGAUGCAAGAAGUAGCACAAUUAGCGCAAUUUGAUGAGGAAUUGUAUAAAGUGGUCGGAAAAGGAUCAGAGAACAAAGGCGACACAGUUGUCGAAGAGAAGUACCUUAUCGCCACCUCCGAGCAACCCAUCGCCGCUUACCAUAGGGAUGAGUGGUUGCCCGAAGCAUCCUUGCCAAUUAGAUACGCAGGUCUAUCAACUUGCUUCAGACAAGAAGUCGGCUCCCACGGCCGUGACACGCGCGGUAUAUUCAGGGUGCACCAGUUCGAAAAGGUAGAACAAUUCGUCCUCACUUCUCCACACGACAACGCCUCCUGGAUAAUGAUGGAGGAGAUGAUCUCCAACGCCGAGGAGUUCUACAAGAUCCUCGGUAUCCCAUAUCGUGUGGUGAACAUUGUGUCUGGCGCUCUCAACCACGCCGCGGCAAAGAAGCUGGACUUGGAGGCGUGGUUCCCUGGUUCUGGGGCCUUCCGCGAGCUGGUGUCGUGCAGCAACUGUCUGGAGUACCAGGCUAGGAGGCUGCUUGUUAGAUACGGGCAAACAAAAAAGAUGAAUGCAGCCACUGAGUACGUUCACAUGUUGAACGCGACUAUGUGCGCCACUACCAGAGUCAUCUGCGCCAUCCUAGAGGUGCAUCAGACUGAAGAGGGGAUCAAGAUACCUGAAGUCUUGAAACCUUGGAUGCCUGAGCAGUACCAGGAGUUCAUACCAUUCGUGAAGCCAGCGCCCAUUGACCUCGAGGCGGCGGCUGCGGCGAAGAAGGGCAAGAAACAAGAGAAGAAGUGAUAAUACGUUGAGCACUGCAUUCCGCAAAGCAUUUUAUUUAUUUUACAUGCUAAGCUAUGUUUUCUAUUACACAAAUGUGUGCAGUUCUGUUUUUUUAAGAGCUAAAUUAAAAUGAUCAUUACAAAUUUGAUUGAUUAAAUAUAUUUGAACUUCUUGCACAAA